GGCAGUGCGGCACAAGACUCUAUAAAGAGUGCAACCAAAUGAAAUUUUCUAGAAUUUCUAGUCUUGAAAAACCGACCAAGUACUUAUAUUAGAAAAUUUCGCAAGUGGAUAGACUCGUCUUGUUGUGGAAUAUAAAUCCAUCUCAGAGCAAUGAAUUCGCAGCUGAAGGAAUGGGUCAAGAACAACGGCUCUGCGCUAACGGAAGAGAGGACCUUCACCAUCUACGAGUUAGAAGGCAACGUGAAGCACGAAGACUUGGAGAACAAGGUCCGCGUGGUGACGGUCGGCCCCGAGAACGACCUCGAGACGAAGGCGUUGCUGCUCCUCGGGGAGACCGGGGUCGGGAAGACGACGUUCCUCAACACGUUCCUGAACAUGGUGUUCGGCGUCGGGCUGGAGGACGAGCUCCGCCUCCAGUUGAAGGACCAGAUGGACCAGGCGAAGGACUCGACGCAGAGCCAGACCGAGUACACGACGGCCUUCACCAUUUACCACCAGGAGGGGAUGCCUCAGCCCUUCAACUACAUGGUGAUCGACACGCCGGGCCUGGGAGACACCGAGGGGGACCAGAAGGACAAGGUCAACGAGAAAUGCCUGAGGUUCUACCUGACCAACGAGGCCUGGAUCAAGCAUCUCAACUGCGUGGGGCUGGUGUGGAAGGCGUCCAGUCGACGGCUUGAUGAGCACAAUCAAGCAGUUCUCUCAAAGAUCAACAGUCUUCUGGGAUUUGACAUUAAACCAAUCACCGAUGUUUUAUUCACAUUUUCCGGCGCAGAAGAUCCUGAUGUAGUCCAGGUUAUAGAAGCAGCUGGAAUUGACUAUAAGAAAGCAUUUCACUUCGAGAACAUGCCUCUUUAUAAGUGUCCUGCGCAGGGCAUGGAUGCACUCCAUGCUCUGACUUGGGAAGCCAUGGCAUAUAACCACAGUAAGUUCCUUAACGAACUGAACCAGCGACAGCCUCAAGAGCUGAGGAUCACAGCACGACUUCUCCUCGAACAAGCCAAACUGGAGGAGGUACAGGUGCGUGUGAGUGCACUCGAGGAGAGUUCUGCUCUGACUUCAGACCAACUGCAAAGUCAUCAAGCAAAGAUGAGCGAUCUUGAAGCUAUGGCAGCAAAGGUAGACUGGGAUAAGAUAGAGAAACUGGAUACAAGCCACGAAGAGAUUGUGUUGGAUGACGGCCGACAUUGCCACUUUUGCAAUCUGUGUCAGAGAGUGUGUGUGCAAGUGUGCACAGACGAUCAUCAGAGUGCAAUGGAUCAUUCUGACACGGACACCUGUGCUGAGGAACAAGGGUUAGAGGAGUCCUUCGUGAUGGUACAAGAUGCUGUUGAAGCUGUAGAUAUGUACAUGGGAGACAUUGCCCAGACUUAUCAUCCUUCCUCCACUCAUAAUAACAUUGUAGAAAAUAUUAUUGCCAAGCUCAAAAGGAUAGUAGUUGUUAUCGGUGGUGUGAUUAUGGGUUUCCUGAAGUAUGUUAAAUCCGAGGAGGAGACGCAAACCUUGCAUUUGAACGAGGGAAGUCAGCGAUGUCCGGUGUGCCAGCAUAUGGUGCUGAAGCACGAGAUCAGAAACAAGAUCUUGGCCAAGGACGCCAACUUUGAGCAGAAGAUGGAACUGAUCAAGAAAAAGAAGUAUCUGGAAGUAGUUAGUAAGAAAAACCUGCUGCAGGCAGAGAUUGAGGCGGUUCAGGCAGAGCAAGACAAAUUUGAGAAACUAAAAGAGGAGGAACUCAAAGUACUGGAGGAAAUGCAAAUGAAGGUUAAGAGGCUACAGACAGGCCAGUUGAUAGGCUGAGGAACAAAUGAUAGGCGCACAUGUAGGCCCAAGCAACAGGAUCAGAGCCUAUCUCUCUUUGCCCUUUUGGACAGCCUCGAUUUUUUUUUUUUUUUUUUUUUUUUUACUUUUAAACACUUCUUGUUUUAUGAAUUUUGCUCCAUGGUUUUAUGUUCUUCACUGUGGUGAAUUAUAAUACUUUAGUGUCAAUGUGUCUAUAAUU